GUGUGCGCAUGGCUCCGAUUGUGUGUCUGGAUCUAUGGGCCUUAUGCCAGCCGUUCGGCAAGGAGGUGAACACAUUGAAGCAAGCCAUGAGGGACUCCGUUGUCGCCCGCAAUGCUACGCUUUCCGAAGAGAACAUGGAUCUUUUCACAGACCAGCAGUCCCUGUGCGAUUGGAUGCACGACGAGGUAGCCUUGCAUCCCUUCCGUUCACGAAGCAAAGAGGAUGUAGACCUGCCGACAGCGCCCUACGGCAUGUCAUCAGCCAUCGAG